CAGGUGGUUAUUGAAGAAAUCAGCAGAGCUUCAACCACACACUUCGUCUUCUUCUCCGUGAAUCUAGGGCUUCCGACUUCUUCCCUCUGCGGCCAUCGCCAUGGGCAAUACCUCCUCCAUGCUCACUCAGUACGACAUCGAGGAGGUCCAGCAGCACUGCAAUGGGGCCUUUUCGCAGCAGGAGAUUGUUUCGCUGUACCAGAGGUUCUUUCAGCUCGAUCGCAAGGGCGGAGGUUUCAUCUCCGCCGAAGAGUUCUUGUCCGUCCCUGAAUUCGCCGUCAAUCCUCUCUCUCAGAGAUUGUUGAGGAUGUUGGAUGGAUUGAACUUUAAGGAAUUUGUGGCAUUUUUGUCAGCAUUUAGUCCUCGGGCAUGUUUGCAGCAAAAGAUUGAGUUUAUCUUUAGAGUAUAUGAUUCAGACUGUAAUGGGAAAGUUACAUACAGUGACGUGUUGAAUAUUUUGCGAGAUUUGACGGGGCAGUUCAUAUCUGAGCAACAGAGGGAGCAAGUGUUGUCUCAUGUGCUUGAGGAGUCGGGGUACAAAAAAGAUGCCGCAUUAAGUUUGUCUGACUUCACGAAGAUUCUUGACAACUCUGAUCUGAAGAUGGAGGUUGAAGUUCCUGUCGAUUGAGAUAAACUAACGAAUUAACGAAUGUCAGAGCUAGAUUUCUUGAGAACACAAGAAAACUUUUUUGUUUUCCUCAAGAAGUUGUAUUUGAUAAUUUAUUUGAGAUUAUCGUCAUAUUACGUACUCCUAAUUCUUUGUGGAUAAUGAAAUAAUCAUCUGAUUUAACUUGUAAGCUGUUAAAUUAUUAGCUAGAGUUCUAAAA